AUGGCUGAAGAUCUGGUGCUGGAUACGGCGAUCAGAGAUUGGGUGCUGAUACCUCUAUCAGUGGUUAUGGUUCUCAUUGGCAUCCUCCGCUACUUUGUUUCUAAGCUCAUGCGCUCCUCUCAAGUUCCCGAUCCUAAGAUCGUCAAAGAGGGGCAAGUAAUUGUUCGGGCUCGGAAUUUGCGAGCUGCUGCUAAUUUUAUCCCUCCCAAGUCCUUUCUCUCACGUAGGGUUUAUUUCAGUAAUGAGGAAAAUGGAUUACUGUUUGUCCCCAAGGGGCAGACUCAAAACGCUCAAGCUCAAAUGUUCUCUGACCCUAACAUGGCUAUGGAUAUGAUGAAGAAAAACCUCUCUAUGAUUAUACCUCAGACUCUCACUUUUGCAUGGGUCAACUUCUUCUUCUCUGGAUUUGUUGCAGCCAAAAUACCCUUCCCAUUGACUCAAAGGUUCAGAUCAAUGUUACAGAAUGGAAUUGACCUUAGCACAGUUGAUGUCAGCUACGUUAGUAGCCGCUCAUGGUAUUUCCUCAAUUUAUUUGGUUUGAGGGGUUUAUUUAGUCUGAUUCUAGGAGAGGAAAAUGCAACCGAUGAUACACAACGUAUGAUGCAGAUGAGUGGAUUUGGCUUUGAUCCAUCAAAGAGUCUGGGUGCUGAGAAAGAUGGUCUUGACAUUGUCCAACAUGAGUGGGCACUCCCUAAGUUUGAGCAUCGAGCUGAAGCAGUGUUGAAAAAACUCAUCAGGUGAACACCUUUGGAACAUCGUGUAAACAGCCCUCAGAAGAGUGGCGUUGAGGUGAAGUUUUCCUAAUAGAUGAAAUACCUUUGGAAACCAUGUUUCAGGCUUAGAAGCUAGAAAAUUUUGCACCUUCAUUUUUUAUGCCUUGGCAAUAUAUAUGGGAAGCUUUCUUUGUCCACGUACUCGGUUUUCUGUGGGAUUAUAACUAAAGAACUAAUAAUCGUUGUCAUGUUGUCUGAACUCUUUUACGACCCUAAUCAUAAUUGUUGCAUUCGGCUGACUUUAUACCGGUGAUCCGAAACUUUAGAUACUUUAUAAUACGAAUAUAUUGUUGGCCCAUACCCUGUGAAAAUGUUCACUU